AUGUUCGCGCCCGCGCCGAAGUUUGCUGAGCGCGGCCCUGGGCCGAGCUUCGUGGCGAAGCGUCCUGGCUCGCUUACGGUCCUCCGACAAGCUCUCCACUCGCUCUCGGACGACGAGGGCUUCACUAGGAGCGAAGGUGAUCGUGUUCUUAUUCACUGUUUCGCCGAUCGGCGCGGGCCCUCGCACCCCUCCUCCCUCGGCCGUAUGGAGUGGAUCUUGGCUGGUUUAGGCGUUUGUUUCAAGCAGGUGGAGUCUCCACCACAGGACUCACUGUUGCAAACAGUCGCGUUGAGCAGAGGUCCAGAGCCAGACCCCCCCCCUCCCCCCCUCUCCGCCCAGUGUCGAAAUGCCGGACAAGAAAUCGCUCACGAGAACAAAAACGGCGCAAGCAUGAUUUCUCUGAGGUUUGCGCGAAUUUCCUGGAUCGGCGCGGGGCCCGCCACUGGCGGCGCCUUCGGCGCCGCCCCUGGCGCGCUCUCCGCGAGCAAGGGGGGGGGAGGGGAAGCCCCCAGCGCCGAUCCAAGGCAGCCGCGCGGGCCUCCGAGGCGUAUCAGGCUUGCCCGGCUUGCCGGGCAUCGCUUGGACAUGUGCUGA